AUGACCUUCCUCAUCCUCACGACUGUUAUCGUCAUCGUCAUUACAGCCUUGAUCAAAAAGGCCUUUUUGUCUCUUCGUGGGCGUUUCUAUCAGCCCAAGCGGUCUCUCCACGAGUUCUCGGAUCUCCCUCCAGAACUCGUUGCCCGAAUCACGGACUUUCUGCCAGUUGAAGAUCAAGCAUCUCUCGCAUUGACCUGCAAGGGUCUCUACUCUCAACUUCGAUCUUCCACACGAUACCCUUCACUUCACGUCGCACGCCCAUCCCUGAAUGAUUUUCCACUGUUGCAGACACACGUGGAAAAAGAACUUGUGGUGCAAUUCAUGAAGCGCGUGGAGAACUCGCGAUGGAAGUUCUGCCUCGAGUGCUGGAAACUUCACUCUCGAACCAGCUCCACAACUGACCGGUGCUGCAGAUGCCGAGUCCUCAAUGGAGAUACCUGCAUGCUUGGUGCCGGCGCUGUUAACCUCUGCCCUUGUCUAACGAUCACGUUCCCGGACUUCCUCCGUCUUACCGAGGCUGCUUCUCAAGUACGGGACGAUUGGGGCCAACAUGGACCAACCUUUGAUGGUGUAUUCGCCCGCGAAUGGGUUAAUGCCAAGAAUUUUCUCGUCCACAGAUGCUCAAUCCGAGAUCACCCAAACACCAGCGUGGAUGCCGAUGUCGAAGUGAGAGUUGGCAUGGAUUGGCAUGGGUAUCUCACCGUUCAGACUCUGUUCUCCGUCAAGAAUCUCCGCAGGGCCCAUGAAAUCGAGAACCUGUCGUCCUGGCUAGCAUCUCAUGUCUGCCACCAUAGCCAGCCGGUUGAAUUCAUGCGCGCUUUGGGCAACGAACUCGGAUUGGAACUCAUCGGACCACAGAGACGAUUUGGAAAGGGACAGGACUACAGCCACGCGGAGUUUUUGGAAUCCAAGCUCAUGGGCCAGGUCAGCGUCGUCCGAGUCACCAGAUCCUUAUCAGAGUACAGCAGCAACAAGGAAUGGAUGCUGAAUCGGCGCGAAAGAGACUGCUCGCGGCGCCAGAAGCUGCUGUAA